AUGAAGAUUGUGCAGGCACAUUCCAUUUGCUUCACUUUUUUUCCCCAGAGCGGCUUCGAGGCACCAUUUACAAAGACACAAAGAAUAACACUCAUGGGUGUUCGCGGAGGACAAACGACGACACGAAAACGAGCGAACAACAGAAGGUCCUCGGUAACACCGACGCCUCCGCCGAAUUUAAUGGCUCCAGAUUCAGAGGACGAAGAGGAAGAGGAGGACGACGACACCACGACGGGGAAAACGACGAGAAGGAACACGACUUCGAAUUUCAAAAUUCAUCGACGGAAUGGUGGUCGACACGAUGGAGGAUCGAUCUCAACCGCGGUCGUGUUAACGCUCGCGUGUGCGUUCGUUUGUGUUGGUGUGUUUCUGCAAGCGAGAACGGUCGCGAAAAUCGUGAAAGGAUCCGGAGUGAGAACAACAACAACAACUGAAAAGUUGGAUCCGUCGAUACGGAAAGAAGUGCAAAAGAUGAAGGAAAAAAUGGACGCGCAGCGCAAAGAGAUGGACGAAAUGAAGAAAGUGGUGAACGAGGAGAAACCGUGGGAAUUUGCGAUGCAAAAGACGAUAGACGCGUGGUAUGAAGGGAGCUCCGGGAAGAAUAGUAAAGGAUCCUGGUUUGGCGUGGGGAAGAGGAAACACGCUUCGUCGUCUUUGCCGCCGUGGCAGGCGAAGGACGAAGAGAUUGAAAAAGCGACGGCGCAGUUGAGAGCGGAUUUGGAGGAUGUGAAGUUGAAGUUAGCGAAGAGAGGUGUGUCGACGCAAACGUCCAUGCAAAGAAUGACGCACAUGUUGGCGGAUAAGACGGGUUUGGUGGAUUACGCCAGCGUGCACGGUGGCGGGAGGGUGUUGAAACACUCGACGUUGUCCCCGUUGGUCGCCAGAGAGAGCGGGCCGAUUACCGCGAUGUUGAUGUACUUUCGAGGGAAAGCGGCGCCGCACCCGAAAUCGAACGAGUGGUUGUUGAAACAAACGUUAGAACCGCCUGGGGAUUGUUUAGCCUUAAGAGGUACGAAAGGGUACGUGGACGUGCAUUUGAAGGAGAAAAUUACGGUGUCUGGAUUUACGUUGGAACACGUGAACCCGUUGAUUGCGUAUGAUCGAUCGUCCGCGCCGAAAGAGGUUAAAUUAGGCGCGUGGGGGAUGUUUCCGAAAGUUACGACGAGGAGUAGUACUAGCGAUGAUAGCAACGAUAAUACCAACAAUGACUACGUUGAUGUUAAGAAAAUGUCGUGGAGAUACGAGGAGUUUGGAAACUUUACGUUUGACCCGACUCACGCGGACGGCGUGACGACGUUCACGUUUAGCGAGGACAAGAUAGUCGGCACGACCGAUCGCGUGCGCUUCUCCGUGGACUCUAACCACGGUAACACGAAGUGGACGUGCGUGUAUAGAUUGAGAGUCCACGGAAGCAAGAACAAAUGA